AUGAUCAGUGUCGGCUACAUGUGCCUGUAUCUCUGGAAGACGAUGCUUUUUCUGAUUGAUGCAUUCUGCGCAAUCUUCGGAGAUCGCAAAGUCGAGCGUUUCGACAAUUUCGGCUUAUUCCUUUCGUUCAACCUUUUUGCGAUCAUCUAUGGUGUAUUCUUCGUAACGAUCGAGCCUGAGAGCAAGCGAUGGUUCUGUUACUGCGGAAUUUUGGGGGCGAUUCAUCUAGUCACAUCCACCAUCUUCUAUUUCUACAUUUAUAUUCGUUUGAACGUCGAGGACAAUCAACAGCUUUUGUAUUGGACAAGCCGCCUGGCUCCAAUUUCAAUGUUAUUUAUGACCGGGUUGCUGAUGAUUUCUGUGCUGAUUAUGUGCAAGAUGAGUUUUUUCCAAUCGUCCAAGAGGUUGCUGGAACAUCUGUACGAAGUUGAGGAUACUGGAGGAAAGAAGGCAGUUUAA